GGUGGUGCCACACAAACCAUAAAGCAUCGAUCUCUUUCUUCCGUUCUCUCUGUCAGUGUCUCUCCCUCCCCUCUCCUUAGCUGCAUUCUCAAGCUCAUACGCACACAAAAAAGGAAGAAAAGAAAAGCAAGAUGGUUGGCACAUUGGAUGAAGGGAUGAUCAUCGAGUAUUUCAAGAACAAGAGCAUCCUCAUCACUGGAUCCACAGGAUUUCUUGGAAAGAUACUGGUGGAGAAGAUACUGAGGGUUCAGCCUGAUGUCAAGAAGAUCUACCUCCCGGUGCGAGCCGUCGACGCUGGGGCGGCCAGGCGGCGUGUGCAGACUGAGGUGCUGGAGAAGGAGCUGUUUGGUUUGCUGAGGGAGAAGCACGGGCAGGCCGGCUUCGACCGUUUCGUGGAGUCAAAAAUCGUGGCUCUAGCCGGGGACGUGAUGCGGGAGGGCUUCGGCAUCGACGGCGCCACGUCAGCGGAGCUCGGGCUCUUAGAGUCGCUCCACGUCAUCGUCAACGGCGCUGCCACGACCAACUUCUACGAGCGGUAUGACGUGGCGCUGGACGUGAACGUCCAGGGCGUCAAGCACAUGUGCGACUUCGCAAAAAAUUGCCCCAACCUGGAAGCCCUCCUCCACGUGUCCACGGCCUACGUGGCCGGGGAGAAGCAAGGGCUGGUGCGGGAACGGACGUUCAGGGACGGGGAGACGCUGAGGGAAGGGACCCACCUGGAUAUCGGCGCCGAGUUGAGGCUGGCCAGGGACCUCAAGAAGCAGCUGGAGUAUGUUGAUGGGCCGGCGGCGGAGAAGGCCAAGGCGGAGAGGAAGGCCAUGAAGGAGCUGGGCCUGGCCCGGGCCCGCCACUUUGGGUGGCCCAACACGUACGUGUUCACUAAGUCCAUGGGCGAGAUGAUGCUGGCCCAGCAGCUUCGUGGGUGCGGCGUGCCUGUUGUGAUCGUGCGGCCUAGCAUCAUCACCAGCGUCUUGAACGACCCUCUCCCCGGAUGGAUCGAAGGCACCAGGACGAUCGACGCGAUCCUGAUCGGCUACGCCAAGCAGAACCUGUCGUGCUUCUUGGCCGACCUCGACCUCACCAUGGACGUGAUGCCUGGCGACAUGGUGGUGAACGCGAUGAUGGCGGCCACAGCAGCGGCGGCCCACUCAAACGGUGGACCAAAUGCUGUCAAUCCGGCCCACAGCCCAUCACCACCACAACCACAGCCCGUAACCGUAUACCACGUGAGCUCCUCCCUCCGGAACCCGGCGCCCUACGCGGUCCUCUACAGGACCGGCAUCCGCUACUUCACGGAGCACCCGCGGCGGACCGCCGACGGGCGGGUGGCGCCGACGCGGAAGGUCCGGUUCCUCUCGACCCUGGCCUCGUUCCGCCUCUUCAUGCUGCUCAGGUACCGCCUCCCGCUGGAGCUGCUCCACCUGCUGGCCUUCCUCUGCUGCGGCCUCUUCGGCCUGGCGGCGCUCUACGACCGCCUCGCCCGGAGGUACCGCUUCGUCAUGCAGCUCGUCGACCUCUACGGCCCCUUCUCGCUGUUCAAAGGAUGCUUCGACGACGUCAAUCUGAGUAAGCUCAGGGUCGCCAUGGACAACGGCGGCAAUGGCGGCGGCGGCGAGGGGCAGGGGGUUUUCAAUUUUGACGCCAAGACUGUUGAUUGGGAUGACUACUUCUAUAGGGUUCAUAUCCCCGGCGUCAUGAAGUACGUGCUCAAGUGAUCCGUCGAUCGGUCGGUCUCUGCUUCGAUUGUUCGUUUGUGGGGAAGGGAAAUCUUGCGAUCGAGCUGCUGCUGCUGCUGGGGGAGUGAGGAAAUUGAAGGAGUUACUGAUAUGCUUUUGCUGCCUAAGUUUUUAUGUUUUAUGUAAUCUCGUUACUUAUUGAUUCCUCUGAUACUGCUAGUAGCUGAGUGUGUUGAAUCUUGAUCAAUUGUAAGAAAAAAUGUACUGUGCCGCCGUCACUUGGGAAUUAAACAGCUGGUGUCUGGUGACUGUCACUGCACUGCUCUUUUUAUGAUACUCCUGCAGAUUUACUGUUGA